GCCGUGUGGCAAUCGGUCUGUCCAUGUCCCCAAGGUUGAGACUCUUCGGGUCUCCGGAUCGCCACUCAUACGACGCAGCAACAUUGAGCUGAACGUACGCGAUGAAGACUCUAGUGUGUUUUUUAAGCGCUUGCGCAUUUGCGCAAGCUCAAUUCAGCAGUUUUGACAGUGGACGGAGUUCAAAUGCGUUCGGAAAUUUGCGCGGCCAGGCACAGUCAAGCGCUUUUGGAAACUUCGGAAACACAGGCACCCAAUCUCAGGCCAGCGCGUUUAGCAGUUUCGGAGGUCAAAGCCAGUCGGCCUUUGGCCGCCAAUCUGGGUUCCAACAGAAGCAAACCACCGCAAGCCCUCGGAGCAGUCAAUUCCAGCAGCAACCAGCCAGGACUAGUGCUGGGUCCUGCAGGGAGUUAAAUGAACGCUAUCCUGUGUCUGGGAGCUGUGAUCGAUACAUCGAGUGUAUAAACGGAACAGCCGAAGAAAAGACCUGCCCAGACGGUUUGCUGUUCAAUGCUAACGUGCUCUUCACAACUUAUCCUUGUCAAUACCCCAAUGAGGUUCAAUGCCUUGAACGUUCAGCUUUGCAGCCUGCUCAACCGACGGAGGACUGUCCCCAUCAGUUUGGAUACUUCAAGUUGGGUGAUGCGAGGAACUGCAGUGGUUUCAGGACCUGUGUGAAUGGUGUAGGCUAUGACUUCACGUGCCCCGAGGGCCUGGCGUUCAGCUCGGAGACCUACCGCUGCGAAUGGCCUGAUGAAGUCGCCGAUUGUGACGCCGAAGCUUUCCUUGGCUUCCGCUGCCCCGAGGUGCCAAUAUCUAAAGAACUUGGCCCACCUGCUGGCUACAGAUACUACAGGUCCGACACGAACUGCCAGAAAUAUUUCAUUUGCAUCGAAGGCCGUCCUCGCGCGCUAAGCUGCGGCGGCGAAUCGGGUUUCGACGAGCUGACCUCCACCUGUGUCUCGGCCGACGAGGUGGCGGCUUGUCCCCAGGACCUCCGCGCCGCCGCCGCCCGAGCCAGGGAAGAAGAGAACCAGCGGCUCGCCAAAGAAAUAUCUUUCAAUGCACGCCCGCUGCAACAAAAAAGACGAUUCUAAUACACAAAAAAUGUACAGUCAAUUAGGUACAAGAUUUAGAAUUUAUGUACCUAUUUAAGGCCUUAUUAA